AUGUCCAGCAAGAUUCAACGUAAUUUCAUACUCUCACAAUAGUUUCUCUCGAUUCGCUAGAAUUGCCUCCUCGUAACCGCGGACCCUUUGAUUCUCCUUUGCAACAACCGGAUAUAGUCGUGGCGAGUGGCACAUGUGCGCCAGAGAAAAUACUUCUUCGUAUUGUGUCCGAUCGGGGCAAUCUCAGAGGCAGAGGCAGAGGCAGAGGCAGACAAAAGUUGGUGCUCUAA